UAUUGUAUUAGUAAUUUUCUUUGCAAUUUACAGAUAUUAUCAAUCAAAAUGUAUGUAUUGGGAGUCGCAGGGCAUUCAAACAGCAUCGGUAGGUUUGUGGGCUCAGUACAGAAAACCGUUACAGGAAUUGGAAAUCGAUUUGUACCGUCGGUACGGCAAAUGUUUCGGUUACUAUGAGAUGUCGAAACCGGUACUCUAUUUGUCGGAUCCGGUAUUGAUUCGCGACGUUCUGGUCAAAGAUUUUCAUAGUUUUGCAAACAAACGGUCAUCGGGUAACGGUUCGGAUCCAUUAACCGACAAUAUGGUGGCCAAUCUUAACGGCGAAAAUUGGAAAAGAGUCCGAUCGCUAAUAACGCCGGCAUUUUCAACAAAAAAAUUGAAACAAAUGCUACCAUUGAUUGACGAAUGUCUGGAAACAAUGGACAAGAAUCUGAGGACAAUGUCCGCCGAUAACGGGUCGUCACGGGACGGGUCGGAUAUGAAACGUCUGUUCGGUGCCUACAGUAUGGAAGUCAUCAUUCAGGUUGCUUUCGGUGUCAAAGUUGAUGCACUGUUCGAUGAGGACAACCCUAUCAUCAGGAAUGUACAGUCAUUUUUCAGUCAGGAUUUGAAUCUGAAAAUCCUGGUAAUGUUGGCGAUGCCAUCGCUGGCCGGUUGGCUAGGAUUGACAUUUUUCGAUCCGAAAGCUACGAAAUUUUUCCAGGAUUUUACCCAACAAAUUAUCGAUGAACGCCGUCGACAUCAUGAACUGAAAACUGGUGACAAUCACAGUAAUAAUAAUCAUCAAAAACGGGUCGACUUUUUGCAGAUAAUGUUAGACUCAAUGAUGACGACGACCACCGAUGAUACGGAUAUUACCGGUAAAACUGAUGGCAUUGAUACUAAUCUGAUGGGAAAAUUUGUCGACGAAAACGUGUCGCCGAAAAAAUCAAUUGACAAAAUCCUAACCAACAAUGAACUACAAUCGCAAUGUCUACUGUUUUUUAUUGCCGGCUACGAGACAACUGCCACAACAUUAUCGAUAUUAGCGUAUUUGUUGGCCAAGAAUCCCGUAGUCCAGGAAAAACUGUUCAAUGAAGUCGACCAAUAUUUCAAACAUGAUAGUCAGAAAGACAACGACUACGAUAUACUAUUGCAUUCAUUGAAAUACUUGGACGCAGUUAUUAUGGAAUCGAUGCGAUUAUAUCCGUUUACACCGUAUCUGGAAAGGGAGGCAUCGGAUGAUUAUCAAUUGAGAACUGGUAUCCAAAUACGGAAAGGUCAACUAGUUCAUAUACCUAGCUAUGCUAUGCACCGGGAUGAUCAACUGUUUCCCGAUGCUGACCAAUUUCAGCCGGAACGAUUUCUAGCACCCGCCAAUACCAAACACAAUCAGUACGUCUAUCUGCCGUUCGGUAUCGGUCCACGUAUUUGUCUUGGUGUACGAUUGGCCGAAAUUGAGGCCAAACUUGGACUGGCCUAUGCCGUCCAUAAGUACCGGUUCCACGAUACUGGGAAACCAAUGGAAUUUUAUUAUAAUUCAGGUGUUAUGCAAACCAAGAAAAUUAUGGUUAGAGUAGAGAAACGGGCGUAAAGUGGUCACGAAAAAAAACCGCAACAAUAAAUG